AUGGCUAACAAAUUAUCCUGUGAUGAACUACCAAAGUUCAAUCUUUUCAGCUUCCAUGUAAUGAAUAAUUGCACGGACGUGCUCUUGCCUCAUCAAUCCGACGCUCUUCAAUUUCUUGUCGAAAAGUUCAGUGCUAAUCCGCAGUCUAAUGGAGCGGCCGGUGAUGCCAGCGAAGCGACCUCGCCGAAACGACCACGCUCAGAGGCUAAGGAUUUUUAUUUGCCACUCCAUGCUGGGGUCUCUAUGCCUACCGGUUCAGGUAAAACUGGAAUUAUAUGUUGCCUUCCGUAUUAUCUGGGAAGCAUUGGUCUGAAAAAGCCGCUGCAUGGUUCUCUUGCCACUGGAAAUCCACGCCAUCACUUCAAAAAGCCCAUAUUGGUGCUCGCCCCUAACCUUGAUAUUGCAGAUCAACUUCAUGGGCAAAUAACGGUUGCGGGAGGAAUCUCCCGCAAGAACUUUCUGUUAGGGAAGAAGAUAGUACACAGAGAUGAUCAGAAGAGAGUCCUUCCCGACGUGAUGAAGGUUGAUGUCACUGAUGAUUUGACAGAUCAACACUCCCUAGAGAGGUAUGAUGUGAUCAUAGCAAACGUUCACAAGUUUCUCUCUAAAAAGACAAGAGAAGAAUCGCCAAAGUGGGUAGAGAAGUUUGACGAUAACUUGUUCUCAUUUGUUAUUGUGGACGAAGCUCAUCAUUUCCCAGCUCCCACUUGGGUAAAAAUCUUAAACAAAUUUAAACAUCAUGCAGGAGUAAUAUUUUUCACUGCAACACCAUAUAGAAGUGAUGAAAAGGAACGUGUGGUGUUAGGCAAAGAAUUAUGGUUUCACUUGACGCUCGAAGAUGCCAGAGAAAACAAGAUCAUUCGGAAAACAAACCCUGUCCCAGUUGGCCCUGAGAAUUUUGAAGAAGCUGAUGAGGGGGUGGUCUACGAGGAAGUCCUUCAGAAAAUUAAAGAGAUUCAGGAACGAAAGAAUAGGGAACAGCCCCUCCCUAAAAAUGUUCCCCACAUGGCUAUAGCUAUUGUAAAGAACCAACAUCAAUGUAAUGAAGUAGCAAAGAGGUGGAAUCAGCUUUUUAAGGAGGAAAAAUCAGCAAUUGCCUACCACACUGGAAAGAGUGACUCACAACAGAAAGAAAUGAUGAAGAAAAUAGAAGAGAAUGAAGUUAAACUUGUGGUUGUAGUUGGCAAGCUGCUGGAAGGAUUUGACCACCCACCAAUUAGCAUUGCAGCAAUCUUAACCAAAAUUGGGUCACCAGUAAAGUUUACCCAGUUUAUUGGAAGGGCACAGAGAAUUUGUCGCACUCCUGUACUUGAAGACGGCACAAUUGAGGCAGACAUUGUGAUGCACAGUUUCUACCAACAACAAGAAAACUAUCACAAGUUUGAAAAUGAGUCGUUUAUUAAAAUUUGA